UCAAAUGCGCGGCGCCUUUAACCGGAGCGAUCAGUGCGGCUCGGCGAGUCAUGGCGACCGCAGCCUCCAACCACUACAGCCUGCUCGCCUCCGGCUCCCCCAUGGUGCACGCCGAGCCGCCCGGCGGCAUGCAGCCCGGCGGCGGCUACCGCGACGCCGGCGCCCUGGUGCAGGCGGACUACGCGCUGCAGAGCAACGGGCACCCGCUGAGCCACGCUCACCAGUGGAUCGCGGCGCUGUCCCACGGCGGCCCCGGCGGCGGCGGCGGCGGCGGAGGCGGCGGCGGGGGCGGCGGCGGCGGCGGAGGCGAGGCGCCCUGGGCGGCGGGCGCGCUGGGCCAGCCCGACAUCAAGCCGGCGGUGGUGCAGGCGGGCGGCCGCGGGGACGAGCUGCCUCCGCCGCCGCCGCAGCACCCGCCGCCGGGGCGGGCGCCGCACCUGGUGCACCACGGCGGCGGCGGCGGGCACCACGCGGCGGCGGCGGCGGCGGCGGCGGCGGCGGCGGCGUGGCGGGCGGGCGGCGCGGCGCACCUGCCGCCCGGCAUGGCCGCGGCCAACGGAGCGCAGGCGGGGCUGCUCUACUCGCAGCCGCCCGGCUUCACCGUCAACGGCAUGCUGGGCGCCGCGCAGCCGGCGCUGCACCACCACGGCCUGCGCGACGCCCACGACGAGCCGCCGCCGGGGCCGCCCGGGCCGCCGCACCACGGCCCCGAGCACCCGCCGCCGCCUCACGGCCCCCACCCCGGGGCGGCCGGGCCGGCGCCCGCCUCCGCCGCCGCCGCCGCCGCCGCGCCCCCCGGGCCGCCGCCGCACCACGACCCGCACUCGGACGAGGACACGCCGACCUCGGACGACCUGGAGCAGUUCGCCAAGCAGUUCAAGCAGCGGCGCAUCAAACUGGGAUUUACCCAAGCGGACGUGGGGCUGGCGCUGGGCACCCUCUACGGCAACGUCUUCUCGCAGACCACCAUCUGCCGCUUCGAGGCCCUGCAGCUCAGCUUCAAGAACAUGUGCAAGCUGAAGCCUUUGUUGAACAAGUGGUUGGAGGAGGCGGACUCCUCCUCGGGCAGCCCCACCAGCAUAGACAAGAUCGCGGCGCAGGGCCGCAAGCGGAAAAAGCGCACCUCCAUCGAGGUGAGCGUCAAGGGCGCGCUGGAGAGCCACUUCCUCAAGUGCCCCAAGCCCUCCGCCCAGGAGAUCACCUCGCUCGCGGACAGCCUACAGCUGGAGAAGGAGGUGGUGAGAGUGUGGUUUUGUAACAGGAGACAGAAAGAGAAGCGCAUGACUCCCCCGGGAGGGACGCUGCCGGGCGCCGAGGACGUGUACGGGGCCAGCAGGGACACGCCGCCGCACCACGGGGUGCAGACCCCCGUGCAGUGAACUCGCGGCGGGGGCGCCCGGCCCCUCCUCCUCCUCCUCCUUCUCCUCCUCCUCCUCUCCUCUCUACCUUCCCCCAACUUUUGAU